AUGGUUGGUGAUGGUGAUUCCUCCACUCAUAGUGCUGUUGUUGAAAGUAAACCAUAUGGAGAGGAUUGCAUACCUAAUAAGCUAGAGUGUAUUGGCCAUGUCCAAAAACGAGUUGGGAGCAGGUUGCGACGACUCAAGAAUUCCAAUAAAGGUAGGAAACUUUCUGAUGGAAAAGGCUUAUCCGGUAAAGGUAGACUUACCGAUGGAAAAAUUGAUGUCUUGCCAAACUACUAUGGAUUGGCAAUAAGAGAAAAUUUGGACGAUGUCAAUAAAAUGGCCAAUGCUAUUCAGGCAUCUCUUUUGCAUGUUGCUUCCACAGAUGAAAACCCACAGCAUCAUCUUUGCCCCAAAGGAAAUGAUAGUUGGUGUGGUUAUUAAAUUGACAAUGAAACAUACACACAUAAGAAUGGCAUUCCACAACCCAUUGUUGAUUUGAUUUAUCCAGUUUUUCAAGAUCUCUCGAAGCCCGAGUUGCUGAAUAAAUGUACACAUGGAUUGACCCAAAAUGCGAAUGAAUGUUUAAACGGGCAAAUUUGGGACAGAUGUCCGAAAACUACUUAUGUCGAGCAGGAAACAGUAGCUCUAGCCACAAACCUAGCUGUGCUUAAGUUCAAUGAUGGUGAUAUUUCAUUCCUCAAAAUCUUUGAGGAUCUGGAUAUAUCACCCGGCUUAUUCACAUGCAAGGGUGCUGACGACUGCGACAAAGCAAGAAUCAAGCUAUAG